AUGGAUACCAGGGUUUCCAUAAGAAAUGCCUUGCUGGCGGAUACAGCAGACAAGAUCACUGUCUGUGGCAUCGUUGAGGAGGCAAUCCACGAAGACCCCAUCACCCUCCUUGUCAAUGAUGGUUCCACCAUAUCCCCCAUUCGAGCCAUGCUGCGUGAGAACCAGGUGAAGGAUGCGUCAGUCCUUUCACGAGGAUGCACCGUGCAGCUUCAUGGAACAUUACAACCCCCCAAACAAUCCACCCUGUGCCAGGGCAAAUCCCAUGUCCUGGUUGUCAACGACUACGGGAUCCUCGGUCCGGCCGACUCUGCGACCUUCCCUCUUGCUCAGCAUGGCGCGUCCACGGAGUUUCUCGAUCGCAAUCCUCACCUUCGUAUCCGCACGCCUAGGUAUGCUCAUCUCGCGCGGUUUCGAUCCGCGGCUCUGUCCGCGCUCAGUACUUUCUUCGACUCUCAUCCGGACGGGCCUUUCUACCAGGUGCAAUUGCCCAUGCUCACCUGGACGGACUGUGAGGGCGGAGCAGAGGUGUUCGCGGCUCCAACUCAGUGCUCGAAGCGCGAGGGAAUGGACAUGAAGGAUACUUACUUUGGAUCGCGGAGAUACCUCAAUGUUUCUGCCGUCUUCCACGCCGAAGCCUUUGUGCAAGGCCUCGACCGUGUCUGGACUCUGGCGCCCUGCUGGCGAGCGGAAAGGACUGAUGGUAGUCGACACCUGGCAGAGUUUUGGAUGCUCGAGGUGGCGAUGAAUUACAUUACGACACUGGAGCCGUUGUAUGGGCUCAUGGAAGAAACCAUCCACGGCAUUGUGACCCGACUGGAAAACAGCGCCAGCGGACAGGAGAUGCUGUCUCAGCCCGGUUCAAACGAGCUCCGACAGCGCUGGGACAAGCUCUUGACCUCCAAGUGGCCACGGAUUACUUUUGCAGAGGCCACAAAGCUACUUGAGCCCAUCCGCGCUGCAAAUGGACAUGCCUCAGCGCCGCAAUCUACCGCCCCACGAGACAUCUCGGGGGAGGAAGAGAAGUACCUCUGCGCCCAUUUCGACUCGCCUGUCUUCUUGACACAUUUCCCGUCCCGGAUUCGCCUGUUCCAGGCCGCGCAGUCUGUCGGACACAUAGGUGACAUCCCGCCCGGCACAGAAAUAGACCCCGAGCAGACGACCGAAGCAUUCGAUCUUCUGCUCCCAGGGAUCGGAGAGAUCUGUAGCGGUGGCCUCCGAGAGCACCGUCUGGACGUGCUGAUUGAUACCAUGCGGAAGAAAUACUUUCUGAGGGGACAAAGCAAGGGCCAUGUAGAGGACCAGAACGCGCCCGCGGACGCGAAGCCAUAUCCGUACUUGCAUCCCGGGGAGAACAUCGGCUCCCUGGAGUGGUUCACGGACUUGCGCCGGUGGGGAACGUCGCCGCAUGGGGGCUUUGGCAUCGGCUUCGAGAGGCUGCUGCAGUAUCUUACGGGUGCAGAUACAGUCAAGGAGGUGGUUUCAUUUCCUCGAUACUGGGGCGUUUGUGGCUGCUGA